GAGGGUGGAGGGGGUGUAUUUUGAAGAUAUUGCCUAUUCUGCACUUGUCCUUCACACUGGAGUGUGGCGCCCAUACAACAUUAUGUCUGUAUUCAUCCGCAGAGGACCACAUCAGAUCACACUUCACAGUAAGGGUAGCACUGCCAUCUGGUGGGCCAACAUAAACACACCACAGAACCGUCUUGUUUUUGCACACAUUUUGUCAUGCACACAUUUUGUAAAUACACGAGGUCCACAAGAAUGUGAAUCAAACAAGUGUACCUACUCAAUUUUUUGAGAGUUUGUAACUCUACUAGACUGCUAACUAGCGCUGAAAAUAAGUCCAAACAAAAAAAAAUAUAUAUAUAUAUAUAUAUAUAUAUAUGUAUAUAUAUAUAUACCUGGUCUCAGAUAGAAACAUGUAAAAAAAAAAAAAAAACGCUUUGGACUUUCAGAAGCCUACAGUUACAGGCUCACACACUAUUAUUAUUAUUAACACUGGUUACCACAGCAUACGGAUGAGCAUGGUUCACGAAAUAUAGAACUUCAUUAAGCUCCCAAACUGUCACAGAUGACCAAUUUAAUCAUUUCCGUUUCCACCGAGACGGCAGGAAGCGCUCGAGGAAAGUGUAUAAUAUUAAUGGACCUGCCGUCAGCUACAAAAUGUCGAUUACAACAUUUCAGAAGGUCACUCUUUUAUCGUGUAUUGUGUUAUGUGUGACUUUAUUCCUUCCAAAAACGAUAUUAUACGGAGUGAAGAACGAAAUAUUGCCGAAGGCGGUUGGGCCUGGACAUUACCACUCAGGAAUGCACCGCAGGCAAACACCAGAGGGCCUGGAGCCCUGGGAGGCAGUGUACUCGGAGACUCGCAGUUCAGAGGCCAUCGCCAGGGCACAGGCCAAAGGAAUCACGUGGGGAAACAAGAGGUCCAACCAUUUUGGACAGAUCGUGCCCAUAUAUGGAGUUGGGAUCCUCUUUUACAUCCUUCACAUAUUCUUCAAGCUCACAAAAAAAGAUAAGAAAGCUAAACCAGCUGGCAGAUGCCCCAUCUCAAACUCAGAGUUGCUAACACAAGAUAUAACAGAGGAGGAGCUGGCCCAGCUGGAGGCCGGGCUGACACAUGCAGAGAUGAUAAUGAACAGAGUCUUGACAACAUCGUCCCCCAGGACAGAGAGUGUCAAGUUUAAGCGUUCCUCGAAGAGGAGACAGUCGAGUUUACUGCGUCGGUUGCGGAGGUUUGGCCGAUCAGUGCAGGAGGAGCCUGGAGAGGGGAGGACUCCAGAGAUGGAGGCAGAGGAGGUGCCCUAUGGACUGGACUGGGAAGGCUACGCAGAGGAAACCUACCCCCAGUAUGAUGUGCCCUGUGGUCCCCGUAAAUAUGACACCAUCAUUGUGGAGGCCCCACCCCCUGACAGCCGCUCUGCAGAGGAGUUAGCGGAACAAAUGGACAAAGAUGACGAUGAGGUGGAGAGAGAAUUAGGAGUGAUCGAAGAGGGAGAUGAAGAGCUGGAGGAGGGGCUAGAAGAAACAAAGGAGACUGGAGAGGAGGAGGAAGAC